GUUCAAGUUUGCUGAGCGGUCACAUGAGCCUGGAGCCUCGUACAAGAGAUAACGGGACGGGGGAAAUAAUCAUCAGACUGUGGGGAGCGACAACUAAUCACAGCACCCGACUCUAGACAUGGAUUAUCUAUGGAGGCUUUUCAUCAGUUCUGUCCUCAUAGCAGAGUGUUUCGGUGACAAUCAAGCUGUCAGACCAACAUCGGCUACUAUGCAGAUUACAAGAACUCUACAGUGGUGUCCGAAAAAGACUACUACACGCCACACUACAGUUGCCCCAACAACGGCCCAUACCAAUCAUACAACUGAACCGCCCACCACGGCCCAUACCAAUCAUACAACUGAACCGCCCACCACGGCCCAUACCAAUCAUACAACUGAACCGCCCACCACGGCCCAAACCAAUCAUACAACUGAACCGCCCACCACGGCACACACCAAUCACACUACGGCACACACCAAUCACACUACGGCACACACCAAUCACACCACGGCACACACCAAUCGUACAACUCAGGCAUCCACGACUUCCCCCAGCAACCACACUUCUACACCACAUACUAACCAAACUACUCCCCCUCAUACCACACCUUCCCCUCUACCGCCUCCCACAGAGUAUUUUGUGAAUGGUACGUCGGAAGUUUGUCUGAGGAUAAAGGCGGUCUUCAUGUUGACAUUGGACAACACCACAAUUCGAAAUUACACCAUCCCACCACCUCCGACCACAAAGGCCAAUGGGAGUUGUAGUCCUGACACAGCAGAGCUGAUGUUGACUUUUCCAAACGGAAGUCUUGCCCUGACAUUCAGAAAGGACAAGAAGAAAAGCUUGUUUUAUUUGGAUGCCAUCAAUGUUACCGGACAUGGAGAGGGGACCUCUCAGGGGGCUCAUGUAUCUCUCAAUGGGAUGAGUACCCCACUUGGGCAUUCUUUUACCUGUAAAGAGGUGGACUUGGAGGUUUCUUCCCGUGUGAAACUUGCACUAUUGGACGUCCAGGCUCAGGCCAUCGAGCUGAAAGGGGGCAACUUUGGACCAGAGAUGAGCUGCUCCUCCCCCUCUCGCAGUAAGACAGUGCCCAUCGUGGUGGGGAUCGUCCUCGUGGUGCUGAUCGUCGUUGUGGUGGCUGCGUACGUAAUUGCUCGUAAAAUUCGGCACAGAUCCGCCGGAUACCAACCUCUGUAACGCCUUUUCGGGAGAAAGAAACAACCCGACACAGAUCCGAGCUCCACAAUUCAAAAAAAA